UAACAUCACGAUAACCAAAAAAUCGAGAAUUAGGCAAAAAUUGGAUAAAGAGUGACUGAUAUGACUUGUUCACGUGCAGCUGCGUUGAGUCUCUAUCGGAAUUUGAUUCGAGAGAGUAAAAAGUGGAAUUCGUAUAAUUAUAGAGAAUAUGCCCUGAGAAAAGUGAGACACGAGUUUUCUGUAAAUCGCAGUGUCACAGAUGGUGAAAAAAUUAAUGAAAUUUACAAGAAUGGACUUGAAUCGCUCGCGAUGAUCAGGCGACAAGUGAUCGUUGGAAAUCUCUACACGACGAGGCCCCUGGUUAUCGAAACGAGAAAAAAUAAGGACAAAAUUCAGGCUUAGUAUAGUUCGUAGUUGACUAUUGAUCUUCGAUCGUUCGAUUCAUUGCUGUUCGGAUUACAUGGAAGAACUUCUUUUUUUUACUUUCGGAGUGAACAAUCAUCACCUUGUGCGAUACCUUUUCUGUUAGAUUGUUCACUAGUUUGGAUAAUAAAGCUACUUAAUACUUGAUGAUAA